AUGAGAGAAAUACCUUCGCUGCAAGUACUAUGCUUGAGAUCUGUCGGAGGCCUCGGAUGCAGUGCAGAACGUACGUUUGAUCCCAAUAAGGGCAAGAAGAAAAAGAAUGAAAAUAAGCGAGGCAACAAUAGUAAUGCCAAACAAGAUGAUAACCUUCCACAAAAUCCCACUUCGGCAUCCAAGUUGCUGCAAAGUUUCGACGGUGAAAUCAAAAUUAAUCGCACUCCCGCAAUAGGAAAAGGUGCAGUGCGUCGCAAACAAGCCAAUGAUGUUGACUUGAAUCAUCCUUGGAUUGGAAUAUGGUCAUCCGAUGAUCGAGAAACGCAAGUCCUGCAAAUGGAGUACGGUUCUCCUAGUCUGGACGUCUUGCAAUGCUUCAUUGAUUCUCUCGUAGAGUUGGGCCGAAUGGAUGAUUGCAAGCUCGGUGUUCACUUCUUUCGAGAGUGGAAGGCCAAUGUACUAGCCAAGAAAGAAUCCAAUACGGUUGUUGUCAAGUCCAAGAGUAGGAAGCAAACUCCACCCAAGAAAAAAGCAAGACGCGAACAAGAAGUGUCUGUCAAGCUUGGUUCCUUGAGUUUGCACAAUUCAGUACUAGGCGAAGAUACUGUAAAUGCCAUGGUGGAAUCCAAAAUGGCCAGCCAUUUGGCAGUCUUGGACAUGACUGGUAUUCAACCACUGACGGAUGAUCUACUGUUUCCAAUUUUGAAGGAUGCCAGUAAUCUGAAGCGACUUUCCGUCAAAAAUUGCCGUCGACUGACGAGUAAGACACUAGAACACCUUGGACAAUAUACCUCCCAGCUGACUAGUUUGGAUAUUGGUGGAGCCUAUAAUCUCAAGCCGCAAGCAGUCUUGGAAGCCUGUGCCAACCUAUUUUACCUGGACGAACUGUACGCAAGUGGCCUGGGGUGGACAGAUGGUCUGUUGCAAGAGCUUACUAGUUUGCGAGGAUGGAAGGGGCUGUCUAUGGGAUUUGCUCCUCUACUGACUGCCGGUGGGUUCAAGGCCGCCAUGCUCUCGCAAACCAAAUCACUCAUAAGCUUAUCAAUUCCCUUUUGCGAGCAAAUGGUGGACGCAGCCUUGUUGGGAGCAUUGGGUCGCCAUUUGCCUCUUUUACGAGCCUUGGAUGUUAGAGGGAAUACCAACUUGGUCUCGUUGACGGGAUGGUAUGACGGUCGGGCAACCUUGGCACCAAAACCAGAAGCACAGCCUCUGCUGGUAUUGGCACGAUAUUCAGGUGUAGCGAAAGCGAGUCUGGAGGAUACAAAACGCAUCCAUCCACUGGAUGCAUUGCAUCUGGAUUGUAUAUUAGAUUCGGAUGGUAUUGGAUUGGGGAUCCAACGAACAAUGGAAGUGCCAUCGGAAAAUAACGACGAAGAGAUGCAAUUAUAG